UGUUUUAUAUGUGUUUAUAAUUUUAAAUAUUGUUUUUGGAAAUUCUUAAAUCUUUAAGUUACCAGAUUUAAAGUAGUCAAAAUCAUGGCGGCGCUUGGUAGUUUUAACAGGCUGUUUAAUUUCGCUACAAAUACUUGUGUCAAACGGAUUCUUCCAACUUCGACAAACAAACAAUAUUAUCUAGGAUUAAAACUACAACAGAUAGAAGUAGCUGGUUAUGCCACUCGUAAACAACCAAUUAGAUAUAAAUUACCUUGGUUUAAACCAGAGCCAUCAUAUCAAGAAGAAAUACCCGAAGAAUAUGAAGAAAAAAAAGAAAAGGCAGCCGCUGACAUAAUCAACAAAAUUAACAAACAGAUAGCUACCAAUCAAGUUGGUCGCUUAUUUGCAGUCAUAUACUUGUGUGGAACACAAUUUAAAAUCACAGAAAAUGAUGUUAUAGCUAUUGAGGGCCAUUGGCCACCUCAACCAGGAGAUCAACUAAAUUUGGAAAAAGUAUUAUUGGUUGGUAGUAAAGAUUUUACACUCAUUGGAAGACCUAUACUGAAUAGGGAAUUGGUGUCGGUUAAUGCAACUGUAAUUCAGAAAACUUUAUCCCACACAAUUACUCGUUUUCGAAUGAGACCGAGGAAACAGUUUAAGAGAAUAAAUUUUACCAGAAUACCCAGAACAAUGUUAAGAAUAAAUUCUAUAAUUAUAAACGGGGAAGUCGACAAAAAGAAAGAAGUUGAAGGUCUGGAUAGAAUAUAUUAAACGAUAAAUAGUAUAAUGUAUACAAGUCAAAUGCAUUUUUUAAU